GCUCUGAUUGAAAUGUGAUUGCUAAAAUGCUACCAUGGCAAAACGCUCUGCUUCGCUGCUCUUUCUUUUCUUCUCCUUGAUCGUCACUCUGUUCUCUUAUAUGGAAUGCGCGGGAAACAUUAACUUUGCUUUCCCUCCCCAAACAGAUAUCAAAGUAGAUCCUGAUGCUUACUUUGAAGGGGACACAAUACAACUCACCAGAAAUGAAUUCGUAGGUGAUUUGGGAUGGAGCGUAGGCUGGGCGACUUACAACCAAUCAGUUCCUCUAUGGGACAACUCUUCUGGGGCUCUCGCAAGUUUUACAUCACAUUUUCAGUUCCUCAUCAGAAACUCCAGCUCGAAUUCUGCGGACGGACUCACUUUCUUUAUUGCCCCUUUCGACUUCAAACCACCUGCAAAUUCUUGGGGCGAAUGGCUGGGCCUCUUUAACCUAACCACAGAUGGUAUACUUUCAAAUCAAGUAGUGGCCGUCGAAUUCGACACAUUCCAGAACAGCUUUGACCCAGAUGACAACCAUGUCGGAAUAGACGUCAAUUCAGCUGUUUCCGUGGCUAACGUUUCGCUUAGCUCGGAAGGUAAAUUCCUAAACAAUACUCUUAAAAAUGGGCAAGCUUGGGACUCGUGGGUGGAUUACAAUGGGAGUACAAAGCAGUUACAGGUAUUUCUCUUAUAUAACCCUUCUGCUAAUCUGUAUAAUAUUUCUAAACCAAGAAGCCCGAUUUUGAGUUAUCACAUAGAUCUGCGUGACUAUAUUCCGGAAAUUGUCACGGUUGGCCUCAGCGCAUCCACUGGAUUGGCAUUUGAAACUCACACAGUCUCAGCGUGGAAUUUUUCUUGUACAUAUUCGUGGGAUAUUUCCUCUGCUCCAUCAAGAACUCGAAAUAGUAGCUGGAAAAUUAUCUUGAUAUCCCUCUUUGUCUGCCUCCUGGUUAUCUGCUGUUUUCUGUUUAUUGCGGGGCGGUGGUAUUUCAAACAGAGAGAAGCGAGGCGGGAUAGUCAUGGCGAGGAGCUAGACGAACAGUUAGAUCAAGGCUACUUCAAGUUCUCUUAUGGUCAACUCAGAGAGGCUACCCGUAACUUCAGUGACGAUGAAAUACUGGGAAGAGGAGGCUUCGGAGGUGUCUACAGAGGCAUCUUGCCUACAACAAGCGAGACAGUGGCCAUAAAGAGAAUAGGCCAAGGAUCGAGGCAGGGAAGGAAAGAGUAUAUCUCAGAGGUUACCAUAAUCACUAAGCUGAGACACCGUAACCUUGUGCGACUCUUGGGAUGGUGCCAUGAACAAGGUGAAUUGCUUCUUGUUUACGAAUUCCUCCCGAAUGGAAGUCUCGAUAAGUAUAUAUUCGAUGAACGCAAGGAUUGUUUGAAUUGGGAGAGAAGGUACAGCGUUGCUCGUGGGAUAGCCUCUGCUCUUAUUUAUCUUCAUGAAGAGUGGGAUCAGCGCGUUGUGCACAGAGACGUGAAGGCUAGCAAUGUGUUGUUGGACUCAAAUUUCAAUGCAAAGCUGGGGGAUUUUGGUCUGGCAAGAGUGGUAGAAUUUGAUCACGCCGCUUCACGUACAACCGUGGUUGCAGGGACACGUGGAUAUAUGGCACCAGAGUAUAUAGAAACUGGAAAGGCGAGCCCAGAAUCAGACGUGUAUAGUUUUGGAGCUGUGGCUUUGGAAAUCUCCUGUGGAAGACAACCCAUUGAUUACAGGUUAGAAGAAUACGAUUUGAGAGUGGUGGCCUGGGUAUGGGAUUUGCGUAGGCAAGGGAAGCUUUUGGAUGCGGCAGACAAAAAGCUAGAGGGGAAUUUCAACAGUGAGGAAAUGGAGCUGCUGAUGCUGGUGGGAUUGCUGUGUUCUCAUCCAGACCCAAAAGCAAGACCGACGAUGAGAGAGGUAUUAAAGAUCUUAGAAUUUGACUCUCCAUUGCCGUUUGUUCCCCUGAAUAUGCCUGUGCCUGUGUAUGCCGACGAUCUUUCUUUUCAUGCUGGGUCAUCCUUAACUAACUUCCCUUCUGAAAGGAGCAGAGGUGAAAUUUCUGGUCGCCUCAUGUCUGACAGAGAAGCCCGUUAAGCUCUUUCUUCACGUUAACCUUCAUAGAUUGGCUUUUGUCAGAGUAAUGUUUGUUAGCGUUGACAUGUAUCACGGUGAUUAUUACCUUGUGUGCGUAAUUUUCACCUGUGUCAUAUUGAGGUGCUAGGCCAUGGGCUCUCUUCCAUUACCUUGCGUGUAACGAUAUCUUGAUAUGAUAUGUGUCGGGCAACUUAAGCAUCCAUGUGUGAACUAAACUGUAUUUUGAACUUUCUUUGACUUUUUUAUUUAAUAUAUUUGUUUGUGAAUA